AUGGCCACCGCAAUGGAAUCUCCUGUGGCUUUCCCUGACUCCCCCAUGGAGCCAGACGAUGCCGCGUACCCGUGCAAGGGCUGUGGAAAGAUACUCGAGGAGGGCAAAGCAUUCGAGCUCGCCGGUAACAGAUGGCACAUUGACUGCUUUGCGUGCAAUACCUGCGGCACCCUCCUCGACUCCGACGCAAACCUGCUUCUUCUGGGCGAUGGAUCCCUGAUAUGCAACAACUGCACCUACAGUUGCAGUAAUUGCGGGAACAAGAUUGAGGACCUGGCAAUCCUGACUGGAGAUCAAGCAUUUUGCGCGAAUUGCUUCAAGUGCAGGAACUGCAAGAGGAAGAUUGAAAACCUCCGUUAUGCCAGGACGUCGCAGGGUAUAUUCUGCAUGGACUGCCACGAGGCUCUGAUGGCCAGGAGACGCAAAAAAUCGGCCAAGAACACGGCGCAGCGCUCCAAAUUGUCAAACAAUGUCCAGCUUGACAAGUCUUUGCCCGCGAUUCCGCCCCCAGAAGCCAGAAAGACCGCCUACAUUCCAGAAAGCCAGUCGUCUCCCUUUCCCGAGGUCUACGCAGAGCCCCCUGCAGCGGGUGUACCUUCUGUGAGUAAGACGGUCAGCGAAUUGCAAGCAGAUCCGGACUCGAGGCCAUCCACAUCGGAUCAAAACCAGGAUAUGCUCACCUUACCCUCGACGACCUUCCGCAAUAAUCGACAUUCGAUGAUGUCGCAGCGAUCAGACUUAUCAGGAGGAGGAGGAGGUGGUGGUGGUGGUGGUGAAGAGUUUCUGAUACCACUUGCCUUCGACCCUACCCCACAACCUGCAACCCAGUCGCCUAGUAUUUCUAUCGAGACAGUGCAAAAAACAGUCGAGGAGAAGCCCACCGAUUAUUUCACCAGCAAAUCCGCCGCGCCAAUUGCCCAGCCGCAAGUGACUAAAUCCAACACCUCAAGUCCCCACAUCGCCUAUCAAGAGAAAGGGCGGCUCCCUUCAAGAGAAGCUGUUGAGCAAACUCGAAGAGGAGGAAAUCUGAGCGUAUCGGGUUCUGCCAGCGCUUCGCCCUAUAUCCCAGUGGAGCAGCCGAAGAGAUCGGAUGGUUCGCCACGCUUGUCGCAGAUUGUUCACACCAACGAGGCGCAACUCAAUGGCAGAUUCAAACUCCAAGAAGCACCCAAAUCUAAAAAGCUCUCUACAUCGACGCCGGGAUCGCGUUCAGAGGGUUCAACUCCUCGAGCUGAUAUCUCUACCGAUCCCCUGGAGCAACUUACCGCCAAACCUUUGACAGUUCCGGACAUUGGGUCACCUUCAGAUCGCGACUACUCGACACCCCUUCUGUCGAACAAUUCAAGCCCAGCAUUUAGUGCUUCACACGGCUCUCCCAAGGCGGCACCGUUACCCGCAACCUCGAUCUUACAAAAUCUGCCUAAGCGAGGCGACUCUUUGGAUAGCGCGAAGCGGACUCAAACAAUACCUCGUAAAGAAUUGGGCGCUGCGGCAAACAUUGGUCCUCCAUCGGGUGGUAGCACCAACAGCCGCUCAUCUACACCCAAGCCGGUAGCCGACCUGGCCAAAGCAAAUGGUGGGAAGGUCAUUUCUGGGCCAAUAGGUUCACCGAACUCAAGGGGUAUCUUCGAUGCGGCAGACGAUUCUCUCAUUCAAGAUCUCCACAACGCUGGCAAGGCAGCCAGUGAAUCUUUCGUUGAUCCUCGCGUCCCACCAAUGCCUCCUUUCGAUCACUCAAGGUCGAGAAACGAGUCCUUCAGCACUCUCCAGUCCGAGAACCAGCGAUCGGGGGAUGGCUUCAAGUCUCCAGGUCUACCUAGGUAUUCGGCAGGUGGGGAAUUCACUAUGGACGAAGAUAUGGCCCGGAUAAUGGGUGGUGAGGAACCCAGCGCGCACGAAUCAUUCCUUAGGAGGGUUUCGAACUCUGUUCGCCAUGGCCGCAGCUACAGUGACAAAACCGGCAGGCUUUCGAAGGACCGCUGGCCUCGAUCGCCGGCUAUGCCCAUCUCGUCUAUCGGUCAGGAAAUCAGCAGUCCCAGCACUGCUUCUCCCGAGAAUCGCGAUGAGCUCGCCUGGUUCAAGAAUGAGCUUCGACGUGAGCGACAAAAGACUAUCGAGCGAGAGAAGAGGAUUGCUGAACUGGAAAUGCAGCUUGACUCGGCCGCAAACAUCAAGCAGGUAAAUGUCGAGCUCAAGGAGAAGAGGUCAACGAUAGUUGUACUCGAUACACAAAAAGAGAUCGUCAUAAGAGAAUUGGAGGUUCUCACAGAGCAUCUGGCUGCAGCCAAGCACAGCGGCGAAAGAUUCGACCUUGGCAGAUUGAGCAAUGUUGUGCUUCGCGAUUUUGCGGAAGCAUUGGAAAAGCUGAAGGACUCGUUCGCCCCUCAGAUCGAGGCUUCAAUCCAGAAACGGAAUGAUCUCGUCGACGAGAUAGCCAAUCUCACUCAGAUGAAAGAUAAGAGCUUCAUGGAGUUUGAGCAGCUGUCUUCGAAGAAUGCCCAGCUCGCUGAGCUCAACAACCAGCUGGUGCACCAAAUUCAAGGUCUCUACAAGGCCAACUCUGGAACGCAAGCUGAUACGCCAAAGUCGACGAUGAACGGACUGGGAAUCUAUUCUCACCACAAAGAGAAGUCGAACGUCUCCUUUGACUCGAGGGAGAUGCGCAACAUGUCCACCGACUUGACCAAUAUUGAUUCGGCAAGUACUUUGCAAGGUGAAGCAGAACCUGUGACAGUCCUUCAGGGCCCUCAAAUGGUGAACAUCCGCAAAGGCCAACCGAGGAAAUUUGAUUGGAGGAAAGGACAGAAGGUUGCCAAAGGCGUCACGAAAGGUCUGAAAGGGGCCUUUUCCUCAACUCAACAGAACUACAGCCGAGACCUGCAGUUUGCGGAAACAGGGGCCUAUGGGUCGACGACCGGCCCCGGUCAAGAGUUCUCAAAUCUGGCCAGACCCAACCCGGAACCUGUCAAGCAAAGCGGCUUUGGCUUCUUCAGCACUCAGAAAGGGGCGCCUAAGCCCAACGGGCUGUAUGCCACGCAAGCCAAUGCGAGCACACCAUCUUUACUGGCUGAGGCUGGCGCUCAAUUGUUUGGCUCUGAGCUCGAACAACGGGCCGAAUAUGAGAAGAGCUCAGUUCCUGCGAUUGUAAGGAGGUGUGUCGAAGAAGUUGAGUCACGAGGCAUGGAUGUUGAAGGCAUCUACCGAAAAUCGGGAGGUAACUCUCAGGUGCAGCAAGUGAAAGACUGGUUCGAGAACCCUUCGAAGGAAUUUGAUCUAUCCGAUCCCGACCUCGACAUCCACGCCGUCACUUCUGGAUUGAAACAGUAUUUCCGACGGCUGCCCACUCCACUCAUCACCUUCGACGUCUACGACAAACUACUUGAGACAACAACGAUUGAGGACAAAGCGGCCAGACUCGACGCUAUGCAACGGGCGUUGGAGGAACUGCCCAGGGUCCACCUCGAGACCUUGGAAUUUUUGAUUCGACACCUUGCGCGGGUGGUCCAACAGGAGAAAGAGAACCUCAUGACGAGCAUGAACAUCGCGGUGGUGUUUGCGCCCACCAUCAUGAGACCGGAGAGUCUGAACCGUGAGCUUAGUGACACCAAGAUGAAGAAUGAGUCGGUGAUGUGGAUGGUGGAAAACAGCGAAAGAUUAUUUGGGAAGUGA